AUGGAAAACUUGCUGGUAGAGUCAUAUUACUUUAGCACUGUGCUUAGUUUUUUUGCUCAGCAGUUCUUCGCGGACUCGCAUGCCACUUGUAUUUUUUGGCACCCGGCGUUUGAUUUUCGUCUGGAAACGGUUCAUCCAAUGCCAUUAAUAAUCAUGGACUGGCACAGAUGGGCCAAUCGUUCCGAUCAAGAUGUUUAUGAUUACAAAAUAAAGGAGGAUGAGUUCGAGGGGAAGGGAAUCCCCUACAACGAUUGGACUCUUAGACUGACUGUUGCCAUCGAAAGGUCGCACUGUGAGACCUUCAUAGCAUUUCAGGAGCAGAUUCCCGAAUUCGCCAGAUAUUUUUAUCACGCCAGCAUCUACUCCAUUUGGAGAUCUCUGCGAAAUCGUUUUAUGUUCGUUUACACUAAAGAGUUUGAGGACAAAAAAGAUAGUUAUCUGUCCGGUUAUAUAUUCCAAGAUCAACCUAACAUCUUGGUAAUUACUUCACAAUACCUGAACUCAAGCACUUUUGAAAUUAAAACGAACCGAUUUGUCGGUCCGCGAAACUUUAACAAAAACCCGGAGCCUGUUGAGUUUUACAUACUCCAGCGUUUCGAUGCCAAGGGUACGAAAGCUACUUGGGAAACCCAGAGUGCAAUGUCCAGCAAGAUGCGAAACCUCAAGGGACGCGAGGUAGUCAUAGGCAUCUUCGACUACAAGCCUUUUAUGCUAUUGGAUUAUGAAAAGCCACCAUUAUAUUAUGAUCGUUUUAUGAACACGACGGAUGUAACCAUUGAUGGAACAGAUAUUCAACUAAUGCUCAUUUUCUGCGAGUUGUACAACUGCACCAUUCAGGUGGACACAUCUGAACCAUACGACUGGGGUGACAUCUACUUGAAUGCCUCGGGCUAUGGUCUGGUUGGAAUGAUCCUCGAUAGACGAAACGAUUACGGAGUAGGGGGCAUGUAUUUGUGGUACGAGGCGUACGAGUAUAUGGACAUGACUCAUUUUCUGGGACGAUCUGGAGUAACCUGUCUGGUGCCCGCUCCGAACCGUUUAAUCAGCUGGACGCUCCUGCUCCGACCAUUCCAGUUUGUCCUCUGGAUGUGCGUGAUGCUCUGCCUUCUGCUCGAGAGCUUAGCUCUUGGUAUAACCCGUCGCUGGGAACACUCGUCGGUUGCGGCAGGCAAUUCCUGGAUCAGUAGUCUGCGCUUCGGUUGCAUCAGUACGCUGAAACUUUUCGUAAAUCAGAGCACCAAUUAUGUGACCAGCUCGUAUGCUCUAAGAACCGUCCUAGUGGCCAGCUACAUGAUCGACAUUAUAUUGACCACUGUGUACAGUGGCGGUCUGGCGGCCAUCCUCACUUUGCCCACUUUAGAGGAAGCGGCGGACUCUCGCCAACGUCUCUUCGACCAUAAGCUCAUUUGGACGGGGACUUCACAGGCCUGGAUUACCACCAUUGACGAGCGAUCGGCCGACCCAGUUCUUCUUGGUUUAAUGGAGCAUUACCGAGUUUACGAUGCCAAUUUAAUAUCCGCCUUCUCGCACACGGAGCAAAUGGGAUUUGUCGUCGAGCGCCUUCAGUUUGGUCAUUUGGGCAACACCGAGCUAAUAGAAAACGAUGCCCUAAAGCGGCUGAAACUUAUGGUGGAUGAUAUUUACUUUGCAUUUACGGUGGCGUUUGUGCCGCGACUGUGGCCGCACUUAAAUGCCUACAACGACUUCAUUCUGGCUUGGCAUUCCUCGGGCUUUGACAAAUUCUGGGAAUGGAAGAUCGCCGCCGAAUACAUGAAUGCGCACCGCCAAAAUCGCAUCGUGGCAUCUGAGAAAACGAACCUAGAUAUAGGACCUGUUAAACUUGGCAUUGAUAAUUUUAUUGGCCUAAUCCUGCUUUGGUGCUUCGGCAUGAUUUGUAGCCUUCUGACAUUUCUCGGAGAACUCUGGAGGGGACAGGGGUAGUUUAAUUGUUUUUAUUUUCUAUAUACAUCUACAAUAUCAAAACUAAACUG